CAUUAGAGCAACCAACAACCAAGAAGUGAACAGAAACAGGGGAACUCCAGAUACAUCAUACUUAAUGAGGCGUAGCUGGAACGGACAUAAGGGGAGUCGUCAUGGAGGAACCCCAGAGAAAAAAGAGUCAGCGACAUGAAGGCACCAAGCCCAGAAAGGUCAGGUUCAAACUGGCGUCGUCCUACAGCGGCCGGGUCCUGAAGCACGUGUACGAGGACGGGCAGGAGCUGGACAGCCCCGAGGAGAAGUACCCUCACAGCUUCCUCCCACACGGCAAGAUAACACCAAGCCACCUGGAGAUGGAACAGCUGUGCGGUUUCGAGGAGCCUCUGUCGACGCAGCAGGGUGUCGAGCCUCCAGCAGGACUCAUUGCCCAGAGAAUCAACGUAUACAGAGGAAUGGGAAACUACAAGGCAGCUGUGGGCCAGACCAACCAAACAGAUGGAGACACUAAAUCGUCAGUGUUGGACUUUGGAAAGAUCAUCAUCUACACCAGCAACCUGCGCAUCGUACGAGCGCCGGCGAGGAAAGCCGAGGCGUCGCGCCACGGUGCGGCGCCCCCUGUGGCCCCGGAGGGAAACCCACAGGCCCGUGAGCAGGGCAGCAGGAGGCGAGCGAAGGUCCCGGGUACACAGGAGGAUGAGCGUAAACUGACGACACACACGCAGGAGAUGGGCGGCUGCCAGCUCUGCGGCGGCUCGGGCUGCACGCCGUGCUCGCUGUGUCACGGCAGCAAGCUGUCCAUGCUGGCCAACCGCUUCAACGAGUCCAUCAGCGAGCUGCGCUGCCAGGCCUGCUACCCUCACGGCCUGGAGAGGUGCCAGGCUUGUGCCGGCAAAUCGCGAUUUUUGCCCACCGCUCGUGCCCGGCGUGGAUGGGAGCCAGCCAGCCAGUGAAUGGAAGUGUCUUUGACGCUCAAGUGUGUGUCCAGGCGGCACGAUUGCUUAAUCCCAAAUGUUCAUGGCGGGGUUUCAAGCGUAAACCAUGGCUGAAUAGGGGAAUUAUGACUGUGCUGCACGACCGUAAAAUACAUUUUACUGUGUGCGGUGAACAUAAUCCCCCCAUUUUGUGCAGGUCACAUUAUUUUGCAUCUCUGCUCUGCUUAAUUAAAAUGAUUCAAACAUUAACAGAUGUAUUUUACCUAGUAGUAACGUAUUUAUUAUUAAUCCAAGAAAUAUCUCUGCACCAAAAUCAAACAUUGUUUAUUUAUAGGCUACUUACACCAUGUGUUGUACCAUAUAUAUGAGGGAAUGAGAUGGAUGCACAGAGUUUUGAAAUCAUUUCUUCAAAUAAUAAUGGGAAUAAUUAUAAUAUUACACGUGUGUACUGGACUGCAAUGUCAUUUAAAUGAACUUUUUUUUAAAAUGAAAAAGUUCAGAUUUAAUUCUCAGGAUAUUGCCAACCCAGCUUAAUUGUUUCAAAUUUAUUGUUGAAAUUGUUGCAUUAAAUAAUAAUAAAAAAAUAUUGUUU